UGCAGGAGAUGCGGAUUCACUAGUUUUACGCGAUUUUCCGUUGCUUCAGAUAUUUGUGCUUCGUCACGGUGGAAACUGGAAAGACAACAUCCCAAAUCGUAAUUUAUUGCGCAUUAUUUAGCAUUUGAAGAAGAGUGCUAUAUCCUUUGCUUUGUGUGCUGUUGUGUGUGCUCCAUCAUGGCUGUGGUCAUCCGAUUACAGGGACUCCGAAUCACGGCUGGUUCUGAGGACAUUCGCAAUUUCUUCACUGGGCUCAAAAUUCUUGAUGGUGGGGUUCAUAUAAUUGGCGGGGAGCUUGAGGAAGCUUUUAUAAUAUUUGCAUCAGAUGAAGAUGCAAGACGAGCGAUGUCACGCUCAGGUGGCUGCAUUAAGGGAUCUCCUGUCAACUUGCUUCUGAGUAGCAAGUCAGAAAUGCAGAGUGUUCUUGAGGAGAGCACUAGGAGGUCUGAGUUAAAAAGCAGGGGAAUGCACAAGGAGUGUGUCAAAAGACCUUCUGUGGUACAAGGUACUUCAUCAAGAGCAGAUGUGCGAAGGGCAGAUAAUCCAGAAAUUAGGAACAGACCAUCACCAUCUUCAUUCAGUGAGACACGAUAUCAGAUUGAAGGGGCCGCUUUAAAUAGAGAUGACCUUUAUCUAAAAUUGAGUGGGAUGCCGUUCUCCGCAACAAAGGAAAAUGUUCGUAACUUUUUUGACGGGUUACAAGUUGAAGACAUGCUCUUUUUGAGGAACCACCGUGGAACAUUUAAUGGACAUGCUAUUGUAAAAUGUGCUACCGCAGAGGAUGCCAUUGAAGGUCUGAAGAGGGAUCAUCAGUACAUUGGACCACGGUAUGUACAAAUAACAAGAUGCACAGAGGAGCAAUGGCUGAAAGAAGGGGGUGUUGUUAGAACAGACAAUCGGAAAAGACAGUCUUUAGACCGUGCAAGAUCUCGAUCUCCUGUUUCCAUUAGGUCACGGUCCCCAUCCCAUGAAGAAUACUGUGUCUUGUUUGAAAACUUGGCUCAUGUGAUUGAAAAGAGUGAUUUGAGAGCAUUACUUCAUCCGGUUCCUUUGAAGGAUGACCAAAUUAUUAUCUUUGUCCAAAAGAAGGACGAUAGAACCAGAUCGGCUGUUGUGGUGUUUAGAAAUCUUACAGACUAUUGUGCGGGCUUGGCUCAUCAUAAGGAAACAUUGCUGCACAAGGUUGUGUAUGUGUCACCUAUCUCCAAAGACAAAAUGGUUGCCAUGUUGGAAUUGUCUGUGGAUGAGAGAGAUGACAACAGAGGGUCAAGACGAUCGGUUGAAAUAUCCCAAUUGCAAAGAAGCAUUCCUGACUCAGAGAUGAGGUGUGUCUACGUACGCAAUCUGCCUUUUGAUGUUCGGAAAGUGGAGAUCACUGACUUCUUCCAUGGAUUUCAACUGUCUGAGGAUAGGGUGAUCUUAUUGCGUGAUGAAAGAGGAGCUGGGCUUGGUGAGGCUUUGGUGAUCUUCCAGUCUGAGAAGGAAGCCGUAAUGGCACAGUCCCUUAACGGACAAAGGUUUCUAGGAUCAGAAGUCAUGCUGAAGUGCAUAACGUUGGCCCAGAUGCAGAAUUUUGGUGUGAAUGACCAGUCAAUGAUGAGCCCACCAGAAAAGACCAAUCAGAGAGCCAGAGAAGUUUACAAUGAUGGUCCUCAUUUAUCAAAUACCCAGAUGUGUCCUGAUGGUUUUGAUAUGCAGCCCGAGUUGAAUCGUGGUUAUGGAGGCUUUGAUCCUAAUUUUGACAACGGUAAUGCAUUUAGACCAGAAUCGGAUGAUAAUGGGCGCCAUGAUUAUCGAUCUCCUGGCCAACAAUUUGAUGGUCCAACCUGCAUUAAAUUGCUCAAUCUACCCUCACAGAUAAGGAUUGAUGAGAUUUAUGACUUCUGCUAUGGAUACAGAGUGAUUCCAGGAUCGGCCUCAUUGCAGUAUGAUAGAAAUGGAGAUUCCAGACGUUCUGCAACAGUACUGUUUGAAAACCACAAAGAGGCACUCACCGCACUUCAAGAAUUAAAUAGAAGACCAAUUGGCACCAGGAAGAUUCAGAUGGUAUUUAUGUAGAUAUGUUAGGGCAUCGAAGGAACUGGUGUGAUGCAUUCUUGUUGUCUCAAGUCCAAAAUAAUGACAAUAGUUACGUGGUUUUUUUUUUCCACUGAUGUUAUAAGGCCGAUUUUGUUUAUUAUUAUUGCUUCCUGUUGUGACUGCUAAUUAUAAAUUCUGCUGUUGCCUUGGAGUAUGUUAAUGACUGUUAAUUUGUGCUGUUUUUUAAGUGCUGCUCUCACGCUCGGAGUUAGUGUGAUCUCGUAUUAUGUUAAAUGAGAUCAAACGACUAUUCGAUAAGGAGCAUUUUUGUUGACGUUGUCGAUAACGUCAGCUAAUCAUUUCAGCCCUACCCAAAACCAGGGUCUAUUUAGUGGAAAUAGGCCACUUCUAUUAAAAUUAAUGAGAGAAAUUGUAAUGCCCAGUGGUUAAUGGAUGUACAAAAGGUCCCGCAGGUAAAAGAGUCAAACAUCUUUUGUAUACAGACAGACAG